UCAUGGCUUCUGACAAUGUUAUGUAUUAACUCAAAAUUAUUACUGUAUGUUGUAAACGCAGUGCUGCUGAUUUUUGCCAUUCUUCUCCUGUCCUUAGGAAUCCACUGCUCGCAUAUACCCGGUCCUAACAUUGCCGGGGCUUUUCCAUCAAUAAUUUUAGGGGCAUUUAUCUGUUUCGUAACCAUCGUGGGAGGGCUGGCCUUUAAACUUCAUCAAAUUGAGCUCAACAUCAUCUACCUUAUUUUCUUGGUAUGUAUUUUCGGGGCGCAAUUGAUUUUUGCCACCGCUACGCUGCUGAUGGAUGAGCGUUUUAUGGUGAGGAGUUUUCUAAAAGAGAUGUACAACACAAAAGUCCCACGCUUGUCAGGCGAUAUUGAAGAAUUUCAGAAUUACUUCCAAUGCUGUGGAUUUUAUGGACCCGAUGGUAGCGAUGUAAUUGUUACGGAAGGCAUUUACUUGUCCAAAGGAAAUGAAAAGCCGACUCUCCGAAACGUUACCCAUUUAAUUCCAGAAUGUUGCCCCCGUCACACGGUGCUUUGCACUAAACUUGACUCUUACAAGGACAAUUGUGUAGACAAAAUUGUAAAAGAACACUCAAAGUGGAGAAAAAUGCUCGGAGCGUUCCUGGUUUCAUCGGCCUACGUUCUUGCUGUUGUAUUCUUUCUCGGCGUAAAAGAGAUAAGCAUUUCGCAAUAAAGACCGAAAACGCGAAA